AAAAAAAAAUGUGUACCACCACCGGAGGUUUAUGCCCGCUCGCCCCUCCCAUUCCUUCAGUGGCGGCGGCGCACCUCCCGGCGACUUGAGCUCCCUCGUUGAGGUCCUCGGGGAGGCGGGGACGGGCUGACCGCCAUCGAAGCGGCAGGGGCAGGUGGAUCUCGCUGAUUCGUCACCCAAGUAAUUAAGGCGUGCUCACCAUGGAAGUGGAAGAAGCAGGAGGCGGAGUGGAGAACGCCGGCAAGGACGAGGUGGAGGCGGAGUACCAUUCGCACGACUUCGAGUGGGAGGACCUCAGGGCGGAGGUGGAAUCCGACCCCGCCUUUUCCUACCACCUCUCCCCCUUUCCUGGCCCCGCCGCGAGCACCGCCUCACCGCCGCAGCCUUCGUCGGAGGCCUGGAGAAGCUUCCACCGUCGCCACGCUUCCGGCAAGUUUUUCAAGGAAAGAAGGUAUUUGCUCAAGGAAUUUCCUGAGCUGCCUAACAGCAAAGAUUGUGCCAAGAUUUUAGAAGUGGGAUGUGGGAAUGGAAGUACUGCUGUUUCCAUACUGCGGUCUAAUGAAAGCAUCACUGUCUUUGUGUGUGACUGUAGUAAAGACACUCUUGAGAAGGCAAAUGAGAUUAUAUCUAAUACAAAAGGGGUUGAUAUCAAGGACAGAUUCCACCCCUUUUUAAUGGAUGUUUCUAAAGAAUUUUUUCCAGAUUGGUUAUUCUGCAAUGCCUGUAAAAGUUCACAUGAUAGUUGUCAUGAAAUGAGAAAACAGCUCCCAGACUUCCUGAGAGAGAAUCAAUGUUGUGUCGGUGGCAUGGAUUUUAUCACUAUGAUAUUCACAUUAUCAGCCAUACCCUUCGCCAUAAUGCCAAGUACUAUAGAGCAAUGUGUUUCUGUUCUGAAACCAGGUGGCCUUCUUCUGUUUAGGGAUUAUGUAGGUCUUUAUGACAUGACGAUGCUUCGGUUCUUACCUCAUCAAAGAGUUGGAUUUUGGGAAUAUAUGCGGUCAGAUGGCACCUUGUCAUACUUCUUCACACUGGACACUGUGAGAGAACUCUUUCAUGCUGCUGGGCUUAUAACGUUGGAGCUGGAAUACUGCUGUGUCAGGUCAGUGAACCGAAAGAACGGGAAGAAGAUGCAGCGGGUAUGGGUGCAUGGAAAAUUCAUGAAGCCAACAAGCUGAUGCUGACAAACCGUGAAUGUUGUCUUCCAACAAACUGCCAUUGCUUUGGCAAUUCUAGCCACCGGAUCAGAGAGUCCCUUUGCCUGACCACUCGUUUUGUCUUCAUAGCUGCAACUAGCGUUGUAUGUGGGGUUGGAGUUUAAUCUGGCCUGCCUGAUCUGGCAGAAUGUCGUGUUGUUUCACUGUAGGAAGGCGGAGUCAGUGUCCAGUGAGCAAGGGGGAGGCUACCAGUGUCAUGCAAGCUGGAUUUUUUUUUUCGAUUUUGCGUUCAUGUAGGCGUGGAGUGAUAGUUCAAGCUGUUUAUUCAAUUUUCCUAAACAUGCUUGAGGAUCUAGUGCAAUUGAAGUUUAGCUUCCACAGUAGUA